CAGGAUGCUGAUUGGUGGAGAGCAGCAGGAAGAGAACUCUUUCGGAAUCACGAGCAGCCAAGUUCACAGCGGCCGAAUCGGUAACCCGGUCCUAGCAUCUUCCCUUAGCCAAUUGUGUCUGCAUCUGUAAACCGUAUAGGGUACCGGUAGAGCGAAGCCACGAGACUCGUACGCUUAUUGUCGCCGCAUCUGAAAAGGAGCUUAUUACUUCUUAAAUCCCGGAAAUACAACGAAGAGAGGACACGCACCGGAAUGGCCGCCUACAAACUGGUUCUGAUCCGUCACGGCGAGAGCUGCUGGAACCAGGAAAACCGUUUCUGCGGAUGGUUCGACGCGGACCUCAGCGAAACCGGAGAGCAGGAGGCGAAGAGGGGUGGUCAGGCCCUGAAAGACGCGGGGUAUGAGUUUGACGUGUGCUACACCUCGGUUCUGAAGCGGGCCAUCCGCACGCUCUGGCUGGUCCUGGAGGGCGUCGACCAGAUGUGGCUGCCGGUGCACCGGACCUGGCGCCUGAACGAACGGCACUACGGCGGCCUGACCGGCCUCAACAAGGCCGAGACGGCCGCCAAGCACGGAGAGGCGCAGGUGAAGAUCUGGAGGCGUUCCUUCGACACCCCGCCCCCACCCAUGGACGAGGACCACGACUUCUACAACAACAUUAGCAAGGACCGUCGCUACGGCGACCUGGCGGAGGACCAGCUCCCGUCGUGUGAGAGCCUGAAGGACACCAUCGCCCGGGCGCUGCCCUUCUGGAACGACGAGAUCGUCCCCAAGAUCAAGGAGGGCAAGAGGGUCCUGAUCGCCGCCCACGGCAACAGUCUCCGGGGCAUCGUCAAGCACCUGGAGGGCAUGUCAGAGGAGGCCAUCAUGGAACUGAACCUGCCCACAGGGAUCCCCAUCAUGUACGAGCUGGACAAGAACCUGAAGCCUGUGGGUCCCAUGCAGUUCCUGGGAGACGAGGAGACCGUCAGGAAGGCCAUGGAGGCUGUGGCGGCCCAGGGCAAGGCCAAGAAAUAGACACAGUGCCCCCUCCAUGGCCUGGAGGGGUAGUGCGGGUAGAAUUCCACCUUUUAUCCUCUCUACUGUACAAUCACGCGUUUUGGUUUUGUUUUUGUUUGGGGGCGCACACACACACACUUAGUAAGUACUGCUCUCACACACACUCUCAAUCAAACAGACAUGCACAGAUAUUGUCAUAUUUUUAUGAUUUCAUCCAGUAAUUUGGUUGGUCAUGCGAAGGAGCUGUCAUCAGUAUUAAACAAAGGGCAAUUUAUGACAUGAGUUGACCAUAACACAGUUUAGGGACCAGCUAAAACACACACACACGCACGUACACACACACACCCUUACACUUCCUUUCAAAUAUUCCUAUGUUUUGUCUGGAGGGUCAAUGCUUAACGAUGUGCUAAGUGAUGAUGUUGUGCAGUGUAGCUUGCUUUUAACCAACCUCGCUUGCACUUUCCCAAAAUGAACCUGUGAACUUAUUUAAUGUGUCUCUAUGGCAACCGUGUUUAUAUUCUGUAGUCAAGACUGAAAGAUGACCUGCCGUACUGUACCUGCUGUUUAGUUGUUUAAAGUUGACGAGUGUGGAAAAAAUAAUAAAUGUUAUGGUUACUCCCGUC